AUGAAGCCAACAGCCAGCUUCACGCUUCUUGCUUUGUGUCGAUUGCUAGCUUGGAGUUCAGCAGCUUCACUCCGAGUUCAGAUUCCCGCAUCAAACCUGAUCCCCAAUCCAUUCACACUGCCAUCGUCCACUCAUGCAACCUUGACCUCUGGCACUGAGCCUCCGCGUAGAGCUCUGCUCCGCCGAGGCGACUACUUCGACUUCUCCAACAUCACCACAGUCGGCUCCCACCUGCUCGAGGUCCACAGCCGGGACUUCGUCUUUGCUCCGUACCGCAUCGAUAUUGCGCCCUCUGCUGAUUCAGCGGAAAGCGUCAUCAGCGGGGCAUGGGAAACAUAUCGAGGGACAAAAUGGGAAGACAGGGGCGUCGCGCUCGUGGCAGCUCCCACAAAAGAUCUCGCUCUCUCGGUCAAGACACUAUCGGGCAAGAACUUCUACGAGCAGCGACAGGGUUUCAACCCAAUGAGUUUGUUGAAGAACCCUAUGAUCUUGAUGGCCGUGGUGGCGCUCGCCUUUACGUUUGGAAUGCCCAAGCUGAUGGAGAACAUGGACCCGGAAAUGCGGGCCGAGUACGACGAGAUGCAGAAGAGCAGUCCCAUGGGUAGUGUCACACGGGCGAUGCAAGGUGGAGGGGGUGGUUCUGCGGACGGGUUUGAUCUCGCUGGGUUUCUCGCUGGGUCCGGCAAGUCGACGGGCAGUGAGCGACCUUCGGAGAGUGUCCGUGAGCGCAAACGAUGA